AUGCCCUCCGACGACGAAUCCCCCACUCUCGAGCCCACCACGCGUUUCCCUGCCCGUUCCCGCGUUGCAACGAGCCCCAUCACGCAUGUACAACACGCGGCACGGAGAUCUCUCGCAAACGACAGCAGAACUCUCACAAGUGGCGUCGGCCAUCUCUACAUGGCCGUUCCGAUCAGCAACGUGCCCGAGACUGGCCGCGCGCGCCCAAAUGCGGUCCGAGGAGCGAGUCCGAUCACGGCCGGAGCUCCCGGAGCGAUUCCCACGCUCAAUUCCACGCGUUUUGCGCCUUCUGCUUCACCAAACUCGCCGAGAACUGUCCACGGCACUUCCGCGAGCGAGGCCCGAGCGCCGAGCGUUGUUCCCACGCCCGAAUCGCCGCGUUCUGCCGCCCUGAACAAGCCACGAUCGCGCCGCUGCUUCGUUUGCGGCCGGAGCAACAACCACCCACUCAGCUUCCGUUUCUGCCCCCGCACGUGCACGCUCUUGCGCCGAGCGCUCGCCCGACUCGAUGAACGAGGCAAGCUUGUGAUGCCUGAUGGAUCCGCGCUGCCGAUGACGCGACACGCCGGUGGAGUCGCUGGACACCUCAUUUCCGCGCAUAACGCUGCGCUUCGCGUUUCUGAGCGUCCCGAACCACCACAACCGCUUGCUCGACGUCCAACACGCCUUCCAACACCAUGUGAGCCGACUCCUUCUCAAUUUCCGCCACCAACUGAGCCGAUUCGCGCUGCUGAGCACACCGGCCCGCUCAAUCCGAGUUCCUCCCAUCCCGAGAUCGCUCCGCCUGUUUCCCACGCCCCUCGCCGACGCCACGCGCAUCGAACCAACCAGCCGCGCAUGCUAAUGCCAUUGCUGUUCGACAACACCCUUCGAGCCCACUUCACAGAGAUGAUCACCACCUUGAGUAAGCUUGAUCCUGACACUCUGGCGGUGCUUUCCGACAAAAUGAUGGCAACUCACACACUCCCACCGUGUUUCAUCCACGCUCACUUGUCGCAACCAACCUGCCGAGAUUGCUCCACCGAGGGCAAGUUGCUAGUGAACAUCGAGCCCCCGACCACCAGAUUCUUGCGCCUUUCGAGUCCCCGAGCCCCCGAGCCGAGCUUCACGACUGGAGCGAGUUUCAGCGAUUUUACAUUCACUUUCACUUCCACUCUUACACGAAUUCUUCCACUCCUUUCCCUCCAAAAUCCUUCCAUUCGUGCUCCCCCAAUCCCGGACAUAUCGACCGUUCUUCUGGCGAACACUGCACAAGCCAGUACUUCCACAGUGGCAUUCCGGAAGAAAAUCUCAGCAGAGGCUAAACCUGUCGUCGCGGCUCGAGAUGUGCUCUUAGGACCGGGGUCAGUACACAACGUGCCAGUCACCGCGGACUUCACCGGAAGGGAGGACUGGUUUGUGGAGAAAGUGCUCAUCUCCACUGACGAUGGCAGCAUUCUAGCGGCCCCAUCCACCUUAAUAAAGGCGUCCGUCCCUGUCAUACCGAUAGCCAACCCCUCCGCGAGGCCUUGGUUCAUUCGAGCGGGGGAUGUGGUAGGUAAACUACGCGACCCGAGUUCCUACGCAGACGCGCCCGUCAACCGAAGACGAGAUGGAUCACAUGACCGCGUACGCCGAGGCGAUCGAAAGAGUCAUCUCUGUCACAUCAAAUUCUCAGGACGACUCUCUUACAGGACCGCCACCACCACCAGCCGACUCGCCCGAUGGACCGGGCGAGGGAGAUGA